AGGAGCCGGACCAGCAUGUCGGGGACCCGCGCCUCCAACGACCGGCCCCCAGGCUCGGGGGGCGUCAAGCGCGGGAGGCUGCAGCAGGAGGCGGCGGCCACCGGCUCCCGGGUGACCGUGGUGCUGGGCGCGCAGUGGGGGGACGAGGGCAAAGGCAAGGUGGUGGACCUGCUGGCCACGGACGCCGACAUCAUCAGCCGCUGCCAGGGGGGCAACAACGCCGGGCACACCGUGGUGGUGGACGGCAGGGAGUAUGACUUCCACCUGCUCCCCAGCGGCAUCAUCAACACCAAGGCCGUGUCCUUCAUCGGCAACGGGGUGGUCGUCCACUUACCCGGCUUGUUCGAAGAAGCAGAAAAAAAUGAGAAGAAAGGGCUGAAGGACUGGGACAAGAGGCUCAUCAUCUCCGACCGCGCGCACCUCGUGUUUGACUUUCACCAGGCCGUCGACGGGCUGCAGGAAGUGCAACGGCAGGCCCAGGAGGGCAAGAAUAUCGGCACCACCAGGAAGGGCAUCGGACCCGCCUACUCUUCCAAGGCCGCCCGCAUGGGCCUCCGUGUCUGUGACCUCCUGUCGGACUUCGACGAAUUUUCCGCCAGAUUCAAGAACCUGGCGCGCCAGCACCAGUCCAUGUUCCCCAGCCUGGAAGUGGACGUCGAAGGGCAACUCAAAAGGCUCAAGGGCUUUGCUGAACGGAUCCGACCCAUGGUGCGAGACGGCGUCUACUUUAUGUACGAGGCGCUCCAUGGUACCCCCAAAAAAAUCCUCGUGGAGGGUGCCAAUGCAGCCCUCCUUGAUAUUGACUUCGGGACCUACCCCUUUGUGACGUCCUCCAAUUGCACGGUGGGCGGCGUGUGCACGGGCCUGGGCAUUCCCCCACAGAACAUAGGCGAGGUCUACGGCGUGGUGAAGGCCUACACCACACGCGUGGGCAUUGGGGCGUUCCCCACCGAGCAGAUCAAUGAAAUCGGAGACCUGCUUCAGAGCCGUGGCCAUGAGUGGGGGGUGACCACGGGCAGGAAGAGGCGCUGCGGCUGGCUAGACCUGAUGAUUCUCAGAUACGCGCACAUGGUCAACGGCUUCACCGCGCUGGCCUUGACAAAACUAGACAUCCUGGAUGCCCUGGACGAGGUGAAGGUCGGCGUCUCAUACAAGCUGAACGGAAAAAGGAUCCCCUAUUUCCCAGCGAACCAGGAGAUACUGCAGAAGGUUGAAGUUGAGUAUGAGACGCUGCCCGGGUGGAAGGCGGACACCACGGGCGCCAGGAAGUGGGAGGACCUGCCCCCGCAGGCCCAGAACUACGUGCGGUUCGUGGAGAAUCACGUUGGAGUGGCAGUGAAAUGGGUUGGUGUUGGCAAAUCAAGGGACUCGAUGAUCCAGCUGUUUUAGACAGCGCUGGCCGAGCGGUCCCCAGCGGUCCCGUCCCAUCUCGACGGCCAGAGUCAGCGCCUGGAAGGAAGA